ACUCCAGCCGCCAGGCCGCCGCCCUUGCCGACUCCCGCUCCCACAACGGGAACAGCUUCAAUUGGCCCGCUUCAACGCGCCUACUCGGCAUCCCUCGCGCGCGCAUCGCCCUCGACUUCAAUUUCGCCGCACAAAAAUCCCAUGUCCCCAGCUUCUGGCUGCAGCGACGCUUGGAAGCCACGCUCCGCCCCGCUGACGGCUGGCGCCCCCGACGUCGACUAUCAAUUGUCUUCCGACCCGCUCGACCUGACCGAGUCAGACAAGUACGACGGUUCCAGUUCGGUCCUAGGCUUUGGAGAAGACAAGAGGCUGUGGCGCGAGGAUUUUGCGGAGCGCCCCGAGCCCAUCUCCAGUCGCGUCAAGAAGCCUGGGGCUGAGAACUUGCCCCAUGGAUCAGGUGCGCACAAGAUGGAGACGUCGGGUCACCGCGGGGAUGAAGACGAGUUCCCGGAUAUCGACGACCUCAUUCCGCCUUCGUCGGUUUUAAAAUCCGUCGCCAGGAGGCGCGAGCCUCCUGCUCAGGUCACGGGCAUCGAGAGCCCUUGCGCCCAGCUUUCCACUGGGUUAGCAUCCCACGUUAGCCAUACGUUCGCACAGAAGUCGACCAGCGGCAUGACUCGUAGCGCCCAACAGGGGAGACGGGAAAGCGAUUUUGAACUGCCUCACGGCAGUCUGAACAGGACACCGUCUCCUCCGCUCCCCCGGCCGGACCUUGUGUCGUCCAGCCGAAAGCGCAAAACACCCUCCUCGCCCGAUCCGCUCGAUGACGAAGACCCGGAGCUCGAGGUUGGCUUCUACGCUCAGACCAGCAAUAAGCCCAAGAGAACGAGGCACGACAUCGUUUUGGACUCGGAGGACGAUUGCAUCGCCCCACUCACACACCAACCGCCCGUAGCCCCUAAAAGCAUGGGCGCGAAUCUCGAAACCCCCUCAUCUACCCCUCUGGAGACCCGGCCCAAGGGGUCGUCGGACCCCUUGCGUCCUUCAAAGACUCCGCAUCCCAAGAGUUCUGUGGACUGUCCGAGCAGCGACACGACGGGCGAGCCCCGUUCUGACGAAGCAUUGCCUCGACAAGAUGGCCGAGACGAGCAGGACUCGCAGGGUUCUCAAACUUCUGCUUCGCUUGAGCGGAACAAGAACAUCUUGGGCUUGUUCCUCGCCCGCCCGUCAGUGUUGGAGAGCAAAGCUCUGUUUCUCCAAGAUCAGCUGCGCAAGAACAAGGAGGAGUUUACCGAAUGUUUACGGGUCAAUGCGCCGAAGGACGAGCGGGACCGGAUACGGAGAGCACGGGACGCCUUGGUGCAACGGCAGAAAGCCUUGAGCGCGAUCGAGGCCGAGCACAAGACCUUCAAGGAGUUGAGCAACAGGCGGGAGAACUUGUUGACUGAACUGGGAAAUGCGUUUGCCGACGGCCUCGACACCACGGAAGACGAAGCCCGGCUCGACGAGCUGUCGGAGGAGAUUAAGAAAAAGGAGGCCGCUUUGAUCCGCAACUUGGUGGCCGCCGGCAUUGACGAUCUGGACUUCCUCAAAGACCCGAACGACUCGAUUGCGGCUCCCGACUCGCCCACCACUCCGGUCGUGUUCGCUACCCAGCCCCCACACAAGCUUCGUCUCGAUGACUCGUCCAACAAGAUCCCAGUGAUUCCCGAAUGCAACUCGCAAGUCGUCUUGCAGACCCAGUCGUCCCAGAUCCGAACCCAUGGCGCUCGUGCCAGCAGCUCAGCCCGCGCCCUCAGACUGCCCCCAGCCCCUUCCGCCUCGCAGGCCCGCGGUUCAGCAACGUCGAACAGCCUGAGCAUUGAGGUCAACACGGGAGAGAGAACCUGCAUCGAAAUUUGCGAUGACGAUGAUGUCUAUGACCGUGGCGACGAUGAGGACUGGAUGGCACUGGACAAUCACAGCUCGCCGCCGCGGCCGGACCUUCCACAACCGCGCGCGCAGACGCCAACCAACCUCACGCGGACGUCGGUGACUGACUACUUUGGGGAUGGUAGCGACGAGGAGGAAAUGCUGGCUGUUGCGAACAGCUUCGAGCAGCAACAGGCGAUGCUCGCCGCGCGCCCGCACGCGCACCGCGAGCGGUCAGCACUGUCGGAAUCGUCCGGGAAUGCUGGGCCUCCGGUGAGGAAGCGGCUUACUGCGAAGAGCGCGCCUUUGCGACAGCCCAAAGCCUCUAUCAAUCUGGAGUUGAUGAAGUAUCCAUGGUCCGAGGAUGUCCGCCGCGCCCUGAAAGAUCGCUUCAGGAUGACGGGAUUCCGCCACAACCAGCUCGAGGCCAUCAACGCUACGCUGGCCGGCAAAGACGCGUUUGUGCUGAUGCCCACCGGAGGCGGAAAGUCGCUCUGCUACCAACUGCCCGCCAUGGUUAACUCGGGCAAGACGCGAGGGAUCACUCUGGUCAUCUCUCCUCUUCUGAGUCUCAUGAACGAUCAGGUCGCGCAUCUCAAGCGACUCAACAUCCUCGCCACGUCCUUCAACGGGAGCAUCAACAGCGAGCUCCGCAAUCACAUCUUGAGUGUUUUCCGCGAGGAGAAUCCGGAGCAUUUCAUCCAGCUGCUCUAUGCUACUCCCGAGAUGCUUACCAGCAGUCCUGCAUUCAGAAAGGGGAUCGAGACGCUGUACCGGAAGAAGAAGCUGGCGCGCAUCGUCAUCGACGAGGCUCACUGCGUGAGUCACUGGGGUCACGAUUUCCGGCCGGACUACAAGGCCCUCGGGCAGUUCCGCCUGGCGUUCACCGGGGUGCCCGUGAUGGCGCUGACAGCCACGGCGACCAGCAACGUCAUCGCGGAUAUCAAGCACAAUCUAAGCAUGGAAGGCUGCGAGGUCUUUUCGCAGAGCUUCAACCGGCCCAACCUGUACUACGAGGUCAUCGAGAAGCAGACACGCUUUAUCCAGGGCAUGGGCGAAAUGAUCACCAAGAAGUACCCCGGGCAGAGCGGCAUCGUCUACACUCUGUCGCGCAAGUCCGCCGAAGGGACUGCCAGCACGCUUGCGACGAAACACGGCAUCAAGGCUCGUUACUACCACGCCAUGAUGGAUCCCGAGUCCAAGGCGGAAGUCCAGCGGAAGUGGCAGGAGGGCGAGAUCCACGUCGUCGUGGCCACGAUUGCGUUCGGUAUGGGCAUCGACAAGCCGGAUGUGCGUUUCGUCAUCCACCAAAACCUGCCCAAGAGCCUAGAGGGCUACUACCAGGAAACGGGCCGCGCGGGCCGAGACGGACAGCCCUCUGAUUGCUACCUGUAUUUCUCCUACGGCGAUGUCCCUGCUCUGCGACGAAUGAUCAACGAAGACAAGGACAAGCCGAAGGAGGAGAAGGAGAGGCAGCACGCCAUGCUCAACCGCAUGGUCACCUAUUGCGAGAGCACCCAUACGUGCCGUCGAGUCCAGAUUCUUCAGUACUUUGGGGAGAGAUUCGACGCCGCGCAGUGCAACGACAAGUGUGACAAUUGCCGCAACGGGAAGAAGAAUGGAGCCGCGGUCCUCGAAGAUUUCACUGACUGCGCCUUGGCUCUCCUCGAAGCCGUGCGCGAGCUGGGAAAGGUCACCUUGGGCAAGCUCGUCGAGAUCGUCACGGCCAGCAAAAACGUGGGAAAACACCAAGCCAUCGCUGGCUUCGCUCGCUGCAAGGGGAUGAAGAACCACGAAGUCCAACGCGUCGUCAUGGCCCUCCAUGAUGAGGGCGCUCUGACCGACGUACAGCUGCUGUGCGAGAGCAACGGCAUUCCCAUCACCAACUUCCAGCUUGGACAUCGUGUGGCCCGAGGGUAUUUCGAAGGCGAACGCCGCCUUCGCCUAACAGUGCCAAGGACGGACCCAGCACCCGCCCAGGCCUGGGACCAAAGCCGGACCACCAACCUCGAUGACGCGCCUUCCGCGGCCACCAAAACCGCGCGGAGCCGACGACCCCCGCCGUCUACGAACGUCUCCUCGCCCGUCCUUUCCGUGUCGAGGAAACGGAAAGACAAAUCUGUGAUGGCGACGGUCCUGGACGAAGAGGAUGACGACCGGGAGAGUGAUGAUGGCCCGGAACUGCAUCCAAACGGCUACGAGAAGGACGACUUUGUGGUUUCCGACGACGGAGAGGAAGAAGACGCAUUCGACCCAAGCCCUCCCCGCCGCCGUCACCCGCCCCAGCAGCGGCAGGCAACACUGGACGAACUGGGACCCCCCAUCUCCCGCGACCCGCGCCUCGAAGAAGCUGGGCUCGACGAAGUUCAUCAGGAUAUCGUCCACGCCUUUGUCUCGAGAGCCCACGAGGUGGAGGAGAGCCUCCGCAACAGGCACGGCUUGCGUCGCCCGCUCUUCACCGAGCAGCAAUACCGGGAGAUGGCAAUCCGGUGGACAACAAGCGUCGCCCAAAUGUACACCAUCCGUGGCGUCGACAAGACCAAGGUGGACUUAUACGGCGCUAAGUUCGCCUCGCUCGUCCAGCAGUUCCACGCCCAAUAUCGGGAAAUGAUGGGGCAAUCGGCGCAGUCGUCCUCUGCCGCGGUGAUAGCGCCCCCACGGGCGAAGAAGAAGGAAGUUGUCGACCUCAUCAGCGACGACGAGGACUACGAAAUGUCUGGUGACAGCCGCGGCUUCCGCUUGGGGCGCGAAGAGGAAGAUGGCGAUGCCAGCGAGGACGGGUAUGAGGAGGACGAGGAGGCUGAGGAAGACCUUGGGCCCUCUCACUACUUUGCCGACCGUGCUGCCCGAGCAUCGCCACCCGCCGACCAUGCCGAGAACCCUUCAGUUCAGCGGUGGCAAAGGCGGUUCGAGCAACUUAAUAUGGCGAGCAAAAAAGCGGCCACCGCAUUGUACAGCCACGAAGGGGCCGGCAGAGCUUCAGGCACAAGCUAUAGGGGCGGGAAGAAACCUUACCACAAGCAUCGAGGCGGUGGGCACUCGUUCUCGCGGGCCAGCUCAACCAGUGGCGUGUCCAAGCACAAGGGGUCGGUCAGCCGACAGCUUGGAAGGUCCCACACACCAGUGGGCAACGCGCGGACUAAGUCCGCUUCGGGCUCGAAAAAGCCUGGCCUGGGCAGCGGCAUUUCCACCAUGCCUUACUGAAGCCCACCUCUCCUGCCUGCGGAUCCGCGGCACUGUUCGGGCCGAUGAAGAAGGGUUGAGGGAUGAUGGUCUUUGACAACAAGGGUGCAUCCCUUCUUGUCUUGCUAUUGUGCCAGAACCGCUAUCCCAUCUCUGGUGCGCGGUCUGGUCGGCACUUGCGAGGUUUGGCCCGGCUGUUACCGCGGUCUGAUCACACCUCCCAUUUUCUGAUCGCGGAUUUCACGUUGCGUGAAACCGCAAUCUCAUCUUCCUCUCACGCCCUUCCCGCGAUCCGAUCUCGCGUCUCGCGUUCUGGCCCAUGGCUGGGCGAAGAACCGCAAUCUCAUGCCCACUCCUCUCAUGAUCCAAUCCUCCCAGCUUUCAACCACAACCAACUCUGUUUGCAGACGGUCAACUGGCGGCUUGCAAUCUCGACGGCUUUUGCACACA